AUGGACCAGCUACCUCGAACACACUUCCUCUCAAUCCCGCCCGAGAUUCGCGAGGAGAUCUAUCGACUGAUCUUCAAUCCCGCCGCGAAUCGCACGUACGAUGACGAUGAGUAUGCCGAGUACAGCUUCGGCCCUACCCUCCAACUCCUCCAAGUCAACCGCCAAAUCUACCUCGAAGCCCGCAAGAUUUUCCGAGACGAGAACAUCUUUGUGCGCAUCGAGACACCAUGGCCAGAAGCUCAGCAGCACGUGGCAUUGGAAGGGCACGUACCCAUCCUGGUGACGAAAGAGAAGGCAAAAGCGUUCAAUCAUCAUAGCCUAAAGAUAAAAAUCGAUGCUCCCGAGCACGCGAGCAUGGAAUGGGAUACUCAGCGAUUCAUAAUUCUUCUUGACGACCUCCCUGCCUUCUGCAAGAUGUGGUACUACGCCGAUCUCACGCAUCCUUCACUGAACGUCCAUCUCCGCUUGAGACUGGAGUUGAGAGAUCCGUACGCAGCGGAUUGGGAAGAGAAGCGCGUGCCAAGAGCCGUACAGAAGAAAAUGCUAUUACCAUUCGGUGAGGUGAAAGGUCUGAAUGCCACGAUCGUCGAGGGUGACCCGAAGCCUUUCAAAUCGAUUGAGGAAGAGAUGAGAAAAUUGCAGGCAGAACCGCAUAUGUCGCCCGAACAUUGUUUGCGGGAAGCUGCGAGGUUGAAGUUCGAAGGUAAUGCUGAGCUGGGCAAAGGCAACUACCAAGCGGCAUUAGAUCUCUACAAUGAGGCCUGGCGAGCAGUACAUGUUGUGAUCAAAGGUCGGAAACGACAUAUCCACGCCGACAGAUUUUUCGGUCGGGAAUUGACAGAGGAGCCGUUUAAAGGCAAGAAUGGACAGGCUGAACGUCUUCUUUUGCGAGUGCAGCUCGUAGCGAAUACUUGUCAGGUCUUUUUGAAACUGAAUCGGUGGGAAGAUUGUAGAUUCUGGGGUAUGAGAACGAUCAAAAUGCUGCGUGAGGCGAUGGGUGUGGAUGAGAGAAUGAGCAUACCGCCUGAAGAUGAAGCCGUGCUCGGGUUUCCAGCUGCCGACCAAAUGGGCAAGAUUUACUACCGCACUGCUGUGGCACACAAGGAGCUUGGAGAUAACAGCGAGGCGAGAAGGCUGCUCAGAGUCGCGGAAAUAUAUCUGCCGAGAGAUGAGAACGUCAAGAAGGAGAUGGCGGCCACAGCACCAAGGUUGGGAUAA